AACUUGCUGAUUGGCUCAAACCGUACCUUGCUGCCUGCCGUCAUCAUUGUGCGUCCCUUCAUGCUUCAGCAGUCAGUAUUGAAGUCAGUGAAAAUGGCGAGCUGGUGUGUACGAGCAGUGAGACAGAGCUACUCAAUUGUAUCUUCACCUGCGCUAAUAAGAGCCUCUCCACGAUUGUUAUGCACAGCCACCCAGCAGAAGAACGGCCACGGGUCAGAGGAGGAGGCUGAGAAGCCGGAGCAGAGUGCAGCAGAGACCCAGCUGGAGGAACAGCUCAAAGACAUGACAGAAAAAUACAAGCGGGCCUUGGCAGACACUGAGAACCUCAGGACAAGGAGUCAGAAGAUGAUUGAAGAUGCUAAACUAUACGGGAUCCAGGGCUUCUGUAAGGACCUGCUUGAAGUGGCCGACAUCUUAGAGAAGGCCACAGAGAGCGUGCCCAAGGAGGAGGUGACGAGCCAGAACCCUCACCUGAAGAACCUGUAUGACGGCCUGGUGAUGACCGAGGUCCAGAUCCAGAAGGUCUUCACCAAGCAUGGCCUGGUCAAGCUCAACCCCGACGGGCAGAAGUUUGACCCCUACGAGCAUGAGGCCCUUUUCCACGCCCCCAUGGAGGGCAAGGAGCCUGGCACUGUUGCCGUAGUAACCAAAGUGGGCUACAAGCUUCACGGUCGAACCCUCAGGCCAGCAUUGGUGGGCGUGGUUAAAGCCUCCUAGAAGUGAUGAUGUAACUGUGAUAAAGUGGGAUUAGCUUUGUUGCCUGAGUGAUGGAUGAGCUCAGGUACAGCACACUGGUCCAGGCUCAAAGAAACGAGAACCACCUGAACUGAACUUUAUAUCCGGACAGCAUCCACAAGUUUUUAACAGGCACCUGUACAUGCUCGAUGGUGUUUUUUGCCGUCCCCUUCCACGCAGCUUACCCUAAACAUAACCAUUGCUGCGCUGCCUGGAAGGAGAUGUUUGGGGCAAAAAACACUCUUUACACACAUACUUUGUCUAGCACAGAACAGUCCUUACAAUAGAGUUUCAGUGUCAUCAGUCAUUUCAGAGUCAGUUAUUGUCAGAGAUUGUAAACAACUAUGAAUCUUAAGGAAAAAGACAAGUAUGAUUUUUCAAAAAAAAGUUGAUGACCAUAAACCCCUCUGUUUUGUGUGGCCUAUGAUUUAAAAUUCAUCCCCAUAUUGAGUAAAGCUGAUUCUGAACUGCUAGUAUCAUUCCGGACUUUUGCUAAAGCCCUAAUAAUGAACUUGACUCUUUUCCUGUUUGAGUUGUAUAUUCAUUUUGUGACUGUAGCAAGGAACCGUACUUGAGGAGUUAAAGAAAGAUUACGAUGUUACUUUGUACUGAGUUACUUCUGAGUAAAAACAUUUUGUUAAUUUGGAUGUGAUCAAGCUCUGGUAAGACGGCGUCAGUUAUUCUAAGGUUCUCACGCCUCAAUUUGGCUCAACGGUGCCUGACGGUAAUGUCACAAUUAUCCAAUAGCAUCAUUAUGUGUCAUCAGAUUAAACUGGUUAAAG